UGUUGGACGGACAAAUGUCGGUUAAAGUAAUCGAGCGACAAUAUUACAGUACUGACGGAAAUAUGACAAAUAUAUAAACUAAGACAGAUCAUGGUGGAAAACACUCCUUCUCCUUUACCCGAGAGAGCCAUCUAUGGCUUUGUUCUAUUCCUCGGCUCUCAGUUUGGCUUCAUCUUGUAUUGUGUGUGGGCGUACAUACCAGAGGAGUGGCUUCAUUCAGUCGGACUCACUUACUGGCCUCAAAAAUAUUGGGCCCUCGCGGCGCCAAUCUAUCUGCUGGUCGCGUUAACCAUUUGUGCUGUGUUGCUAUUUGGAAUCAACAUGUACAAUACGGCACCACUCGACUCUCUGGACAACAUUACAGAUGGGUUUGCACGAGGCCAGAUGAACGAAGUCGCUCGAAAGGGUCAAAUACCAAGACUGAAGGACAUUCCCAUCAGUGACGUCAACAAAAUGUUCUACUUGUCACCUCAAUUGUAACCAACCAACCUUUUGUUUUGGGGUGUGAUGAAAAAAAAUGGGUGAACGUGUGAAGGUUACUAUUAAAUGACUUCAAUUGUGCAAUGGAUACAAAAUGUUUUAAAAUAGUUCAUAUUCUUAAUUAUACCUUGUUUUUACUUAUUGAUUUAAUGCAUUUUAACAUAAACUCUUACAUUGCAAUUAUCACUGAUCACCGGUGGGUUUUUCUAUGUUAAUUCAUGAAUUUUUUGUAUAGGGUUUGUCCUCAGGUCGCAGGUGGGCGAGAGGCGGGGCACACCACGCCAGUCAAUCGCAAGGCACAUAUAGACAAAUAAGCACUCAUACACAGUCACACCAAUGGACAGGUUAGUCUUCCAUGAACCUAACGUGCAUUUUUUGGGAAUGUGAGAGCCGAAACCCCACGCAUCGGAACAUUCAAAUCAUGAAAUGUAAAUGUUCCAAUACUACUAUUUAGGUAAAGAGUUUUAGAUGGGCAAAUGAAGCUUUCUGUGAAGGACUGAACCACUUGGGCCAAUUGUUUCGAAAACGGGUUCGAUUAUUAAUUUAAUUGCAUCAGUAAUAGGGGCCUCUACUGGUGAAAAGCAGGGUUGCAGGGGAUUAGAAACAAGCGCACUAAGACGGAAUGCCGUGUAUUUACAAAUAA